AUGGAAUGGAAAACUGAAGAUGCGGUUGCUUUAGUAAAGAUCGCUUGCGAGAAAAAGCACCUAGCUCCCGGCGCGCUAGAAACAAUCAAAAGCGUUUGCAAGAAGAGCACGGACGCGGUCGCCGCUGUUCAUUCCCGACUCUGGUCUAUUCUCACUUCGCCGAGGCAGAAAUGCGCGCAGAAACGAGAAAUUGCGCUGAAGAUCCUUUCCGAACUGUUUUUGCGGUCGAGGACGAUGCGAGAACUCGUUGUGCCCAAGUGUGAUCGACUCUCAGAGGCGGCACUUUUCUCCGGACUGAAGAACUCGUCCGAGCUGCGGAAACUGGGGAUUCGGACGCUCAAAGCCUGGCAUCGAAAAUUCAAGGGUGUCUACGGAAAACUCGACUGCUUGAUGCAAACUUUGACGAACAAAGGAGUCGACUUCGAAGAACUUGAACUCGUCGAAAGUCGAGAAGAAGCUGCGCAGAAUGGAGAAGAAACCGCUCCUUCGACAAGUGGGAAUUCGCGACUGGAAGAAAUCAUCGACGAAACUGUUCAAGCGGCGGAUGUGGCCACGGCCGAAGUUCGAUCGCUCUUUGAAAUUAUCGUGCCGCUCUCAAACAGUUCGAGCAGAGCUGCCAACUCAGGAUCGUCUGUCAACCCUGAAGAUGAAAAAGCGACAACCAGCGGCUCGACAAUACAGUUGGAUCUCAACUUCUCCAAAAUCCGCGUGAAGCGAGAAGGCGCAGUGGAACUCGUCGAGUCACAACUCCGCCCAAUCGUCGCUCAAUUGGAAAAGCUUGGGAAGCGGCUGCGAAUGUGGAUCGGCGGCGAUCUCUUCAUCGAGGCCCAGCGGCUGGAGCAGAUCGUCUCGGCGAAUAGCCAAGUUCAAUUGUUGCUCAGAAAAUACAAGUCGCUGAAUUUCUACGACGAUUCGGAAGACGAAGAAGACGAGUUCGAAGAUGUGUCAACAGACGAGGAAGCGGCCGAGGCAGAAUACAUGAAAGAAAUCGUCCAGCCGAAGAAGCAAGAAACGAAAAACACCGUCGCAAAGAACGAUGACAGAAACAAGAGCCGCAUUCCGAUAAGCGAGCUGGAAAAUCACAGCAAAACGAGCGACAAUUUCGUCGACACAAGAAACUCCGUCUCCGCCCAGCUCGUCGAAAGGCACCAUUUUACUUCGCCGGACUCAGAAGUCAACCUCGAUCGAGCAAAAUCAAUGGCCGGGACGAUUUACUACACAACCGAGGACAUCGCCAUCGAGGAAAAGCGCAUCACGCGAACUUGUCGAGCUCCGAUGCCCAAUGGAAAGCUGUGCUCUAGAAUGGACGCGGAAAAGUGCCCCUUUCAUGGAAAAAUCGUCGACCGAGACGUUCAGGGCGCAGUCGUCGGCCAAUUGGCGUCUCCUACUCCUGCCCAAGAUAAAGAGCUAAAAGAAAUGCUCGAAAUUGAAAAUCUGCACGGUUGCUAUCUUCUUUGCUCGCUCAAUCCCAGCACGAAGGGAAGAACUUACAUCGGGUACACUGUGAAUCCGCAGAGGAGGAUUAUGCAGCACAACAGUGGAAUUCACAAAGGCGGCGCUAGAAAAACCAACCUCAAGGGCCCAUGGACUCUUUUCGUCUACGGUUUUCCGAGCGAGAUUUCCGGGCUGCGAUUCGAGUGGGCCUGGCAAAACCCGAAAGCAUCCCGUCGAUUGAAGCAUUUGCCGGCGAAAAGAUCCAAGGAAACGCAGUACGACUACAGGGUCCGGAUCAUGUCGCACAUGCUCCACACGUCUCCUUGGUCGCGAUUGCCGCUGAAUGUCUGCUGGUUCAUCGAGAAGUACAAACGACCGCUGCAGCCAGCGCCUCCUUCUCAUGUCCGAGUUCAUGUUGACUUCAUCAACUGCUCGAAGGAUCAAGAAAACGAGCCGGAACUUGAUCAGGAUGAUGGACACGACGUUCAAGUAGCAGAAAGCGACAGUUAUUCCUCACAAGAAAAUGGAGACGAAAGAAGAUCAGAUUCAGAAAGCGACGGAAGUGGAUCAGAUGAGAGUUUCAUGGCAUUGGUAAAUAACUACAGAACAAGGGCGCCGAGUCCAAGGAAACCAAGCCCGCUGAAGCCGUGUCUCACGCAAAACUCUUCAAAUUGUGUGAUUUGCACUAAAGCCCUCGACAAAAGUGCUCUCUCUUGUAAAGAUCGCGAGGUUUGCCAGGCACAAUUUCACUCCGUAUGUCUCAGCAGAAGCUGUUUGAGGAGCGAAAACCAAGCUUCUUCAUUCGAGCAAGUGAUUCCCGUGAAGUUUCGCUGCCCUAGCUGUCGAAUCACCUCUUCCUGGGGCGAGUACAUCCGUUCAAUCAAAGGUCACAAAGUUCUAACCGUUGAAAGUCCAAAAGAGAGUCCCUUUACGGGCAUGAAUUGCAUCAGACGAAUCCAGAAGAAAAACUAA